AUGGAUGCCGCCGCCCGCAAGAGAUCCCGGCCGGAGUCCGCCAACGGAGGCUCCGCAGGCGGGAAGCGCUCGAGAGGUAACGCCUCGCUUUCCCGUCUCUCCCCGCCCCCCGCAUAUGCUUUCUAUAUGUCUCGUCGUUGGGUCUCGUCCUGUCGUGUGCCUCCUGCCGCUGGAUCUGCAGCCUCGGCGCUCUCAAGGAUGUCUCUAGGUUCCGGUCCGCGAGCGUGCACUGUUGGGUGCCCCUUUGGUGAGGGCUGUCACUUCGCGCACUUUGUCCCUGGUGGAUACCAGGCAGUAUCAAAAUCACACAGCCUAGGCCAUGCUGCUGUGUCUGCAGCGUCAAGAGCUCCUGCGGAUCAUGCUGCUUCUGGUGUCAAAACACGCAUGUGCACCAAGUACAACACUGCAGAAGGCUGCAAGUUUGGUGACAAGUGCCAUUUCGCCCACGGCGAGAGGGAGCUUGGCAGGCCACCAUCCUCCUACAUGUCCCAGGAAAGUUCCUAUGCUCCUCCUAUGGGUGGUCGAUAUGGAGGUCGACACGAACCACCUCCGCCAGCUUCAAUGGGCCCUCCAGCCGGAAACUUCGGCGCCUCGUCUACCUGCAAGGUCAGUGUUGACGCCGCUCUCGCCGGAGGCAUAAUCGGGAAGGGCGGGGUCAACACGAAGCAGAUCUGCCGCAUCACGGGGGUCAAGCUCUCGAUACGCGACCACGAAUCAAACCCAGACCUGAAGAACAUUGAGCUGGAAGGCAGUUUCGACCAGAUAAAGCAAGCCAACGACAUGGUGCGUGAUCUCAUUGCCAGCAUCAGCGCCAGCACGCCGUCGAAGAACCCUGCCGGCACAGCGGCCCCAGCAGGCCGAGGCGGCGGCGGUGGCGGUGGUCCUGGAGGCAGGAGCAACUACAAGACCAAGAUAUGCGAGAACUUCCUCAAGGGCACCUGCACUUUCGGCGAGCGCUGCCACUUCGCCCAUGGCGAGACCGAGCAGCGGAAGGGUGCCGCCGUCUGA